AGUCGCUUGAAUAGCAGAACUGAACCCCCAAAAGCCUCUCCAUCAUAACGUUGACGAGCAGGAUGUCGACGAUAGCACCACCAACUGCCAAAGAAACGGCAGCAGCUAAGGGAAUUCUACGAAAGCUCGUCGCUCUAGUAGCACGGGCUUACUAUGAACCAAAGCACAUAAUAGUGCUCGACUUGCUGUCUCGAGUCAAUUCCCAGCGAGAUGAGGAACUGGCCAGAGCACUCAGAGUACAGUCAAAAGAGCUCCACAAGGUCUGCGGAAAGCUAAAAUCGGAUGGACUCGUGAAAGUCGAAGCGCGAGGGGAGCAGAUCGGUCCAGCGGUGGAGAAUAGGCCUCAAAGAAAGAUCAACAGAUCUUACUACUAUAUCGAUUACAAGCACUUUGUUGAUGUAGUCAAAUGGAAGAUCUACAAGAUCGGGAAAAUGAUAGAGAAGGAGGUUCAAAUGCAAAUGGCCAACAUGCCUUACAAGUGUCCAGUAUGUAACAAGGAGUUCUCGGCACUCGAUUUUGCAAUGUUGGACAAAACUGCGAACAUGGUUCCUUUGUGUGAUGUCUGCAGGGUAGAAAUUCAACAAGGGAGUGCGGGAUUGGAUUCCACUGGUGUCAGCGAAAAAUAUACAAAGUUCAUGAAUGAGAGCCAACCCAUCGUCGAACUACUCAAACAAAACGGAUAAGCUCGUGAUACCAGAAUGGAUUUCCGAUGCC